AUGCUUUCCAAUAGCGUCCUCGCGCUUGCAUUCCUUCCUCUUACACUCGCCCAUUUCCAACUCAAGUUUCCUGCGUCGCGUGGGUUCACCGACGAUACUGAGGGCAACUUCCCAUGCGGAGGCUACGACGAUGUUCAACAACAGCGCACCGACUUCCCCAUUGGCGGUGGCCCAAUACAACUGCACAUGGAGCAUCCACAAACCAAUGUCGCUGUCUACAUGGCCAUUGGCGACAACCCGGGAGAUGGAUUCAGCAUUGUCGCACAACAGCAGCUCCAAGUCUCAGGUCUUGGAGACUUUUGCUUAGGCUCGGUCGCUGUACCGGCAGGAUUGAACGUUUCGGAUGGCACAAAGGCUUCGAUACAAGUGGUCACCAACAACCACGAGGCUGGUGGCCUAUACCAGUGCGCGGACGUGACCCUGGUCAACAAUGCUCAGAUCAACUUCGAGGACAACUGCAAGAACCAAACAGGCAUGGCUGUUACUCAGGAAAACAUCUCUGGCAACCCCAACGGAACAUCCACGGAUACAAGCCCGAGCUCGGCCAGCAGCGGAGCUGCAGCAUCAGCUACACCGACUACUGGUGCAGCAGUGCAAGCGAAGGCUGUGUCGUGGGCUUUGGGUGCUGUUGGUCUCGCUGGAAUGGCACUACUCUAG